GAGCAAAAUUCGUCAGUUAGCUACGUAGCUAUUCAAAUUGGAUUUUGUUACAUUCUUUGUGUUUCAACAGGAGGUAUUGAAUAGUGAAACGAGCAGAAGGAGCUGUUACGAUGGAGGCCAACAAAGCUGAAGGCAGAGGUAAGGGAGACCAUGGCAUGCAGAUCCCAGGAGGGCCGUUGGACAAACCGGACAGCCUCCACAACAUGGAAAGCCUGCUCCCCAAGGCUGUGAAGAGGCGAGUCUACGCCCUGAAGAGGCUACAGGUGCAAUGUGCCCACAUAGAGGCAAAGUUCUAUGAGGAAGUCCACGAGCUGGAGAGGAAGUACGCUGGCCUCUACCAGCCCCUCUUCGACAAGAGACGAGACGUGGUGACAGCCACAGUGGAACCCACAGACGAGGACUGUAAGUGGCACAGCGACAGAGAGGAGGAGGAAGAGCUAGCGGAGGAGCUGAAGACUAAGGCUGCUGUUGAGGAGAAGAAAGAGGAUGCCGCCCCAGAGGAAGACCCCAAAGGCGUACCCGAGUUCUGGCUCACCAUCUUCAAGAGCGUGGACAUGCUUAGUGACAUGCUGCAGGAACACGAUGAGCCCAUCCUGAAGCACCUGCAGGAUAUCCAAGUCAAGUUCUCUGAGCCUGGACAACCUAUGAGUUUCACACUAGAGUUCCACUUUGAGCCCAAUGGUUUCUUCAACAAUGCUGUGCUCACUAAAGUCUACAAGAUGAAGUCGGAGCCUGACGCCACCGACCCCUUCUCAUUUGAGGGCCCAGAAAUUAUCGACUGUGAAGGUUGUCAGAUAGACUGGCACAAGGGGAAGGAUGUGACGGUGAAGACCAUUAAGAAGAAGCAGAAGCACAAAGGCCGUGGCACCGUCCGCACAGUCACCAAGCAGGUCCCCAACGACUCCUUCUUCAACUUCUUCAACCCCAUCAAAUUGUCACCUGAUGGAGAGAUGGAUGAGGACUCAGAGUUCACCCUAGCCACAGACUUUGAGAUUGGCCAUUUCUUCCGCGAGAGGAUAGUCCCCCGAGCUGUGCUCUACUUCACUGGAGAGGCACUGGAGGACGACGAAAGUUUUGAGGAGGAAGAGCUGGAGGAGGGAGAUGAAGAGGAGCAGGAUGGUGAUGAUGAUGAUGAUGACGAGGGAGACUUUGACCCUAAGAAAGAAGAGCCCCAGCCUGCCGAGUGCAAACAGCAGUAACCGUGGUGACCAGGGGAAAUUGGCCGAAGUCCUGCUGUCCAUCAAAUCAGUCCUCAUCCAAUCAGCAGGUCUUCCCGCCCCUGUUGGCUCCGCCCCUUAUGAACUCUCAUACAAACGCAAUAGAACGCAACCAAACAGUGUUUUUAAUACAUGCAUGCCCAUUUUUCUGCUGUCCUGUCGCCCCC